AUGGACCGCCGCUGGGGCUUCCUGAUCGGCCUCCUGAGCGCCGCGUGGCUGCUGCUCCGCUCCGGCCACGACGAGCCGCGGCCCCCGGAGACGCCCCCGGAGACGGCGGCGCAGCGGUGCUUCUGCCAGGUCAGCGGUUACUUGGAUGAUUGUACCUGUGAUGUUGAAACCAUUGAUAAAUUUAAUAACUACAGGCUUUUCCCAAGACUACAAAAACUUCUUGAAAGUGACUACUUUAGAUAUUACAAGGUAAACCUGAAGAGGCCCUGUCCUUUCUGGAAAGAUAUCAGCCAGUGUGGAAGAAGAGACUGUGCCGUCAAGCCUUGUGAAUCUGAUGAAGUUCCUGAUGGAAUUAAAUCUGCAAGCUACAAGUAUUCUGGAGAAGCCGGUAAUCUCAUUGAAGAAUGUGAACAGGCUGAACGACUUGGAGCUGUGGAUGAAUCUCUGAGUGAGGAAACACAGAAGGCGGUUCUUCAGUGGACCAAGCAUGAUGAUUCCUCAGACAACUUCUGUGAAGCUGAUGACAUACAGUCUCCUGAUGCUGAGUAUGUAGAUUUGCUCCUGAAUCCUGAGCGCUACACGGGUUACAAGGGACCAGAUGCUUGGAGGAUAUGGAAUGUCAUCUAUGAAGAAAACUGUUUCAAACCACAGACAAUUAAAAGACCUUUAAAUCCGUUGGCUUCCAGUCAAGGGAAAGGUGAAGAGAACACCUUUUACAGCUGGCUAGAAGGUCUCUGUGUAGAAAAAAGAGCCUUCUACAGACUUAUAUCUGGCCUACAUGCAAGCAUUAAUGUGCACUUAAGCGCACGCUAUCUUCUGCAAGAUACCUGGUUAGAACAGAUAUGGGGACACAACGUAACAGAAUUUCAGCAGCGGUUUGAUGGAAUUUUGACCGAGGGAGAAGGUCCAAGAAGGCUUAAGAAUUUGUAUUUUAUCUACUUAAUAGAAUUAAGGGCUUUAUCUAAAGUGGUACCAUUCUUUGAGCGCCCAGAUUUUCAACUCUUCACUGGGAAUAAAGUUCAGGAUGCAGAGAACAAAAUGUUACUUCUGGAAAUACUUCAUGAAAUCAAGUCAUUUCCUUUGCAUUUUGAUGAGAAUUCAUUUUUUGCUGGGGAUAAAAAAGAAGCAAACAAGCUAAAGGAGGACUUCCGACUGCAUUUUAGAAAUAUUUCAAGAAUCAUGGAUUGUGUUGGUUGUUUUAAAUGUAGACUGUGGGGAAAGCUUCAGACUCAGGGUUUGGGUACUGCUCUGAAGAUCUUGUUUUCUGAGAAGCUGAUAGCAAAUAUGCCAGAAAGUGGGCCCAGUUAUGAAUUCCAACUGACCAGACAAGAAAUAGUGUCAUUAUUUAAUGCAUUUGGAAGAAUUUCUACAAGUGUGAAAGAAUUAGAAAACUUUAGGAACUUGUUGCAAAAUGUUCAUUAA